AUGAUGAAAAACACAGAUGGAUAUAAAACUGAAAGCAGAAUAAUACGUACUAGGGAAGAUGGAUCUGCACCAUCAGAAGUCCAGUUCCCAGAGAUUUGUGACAACGGCCUUGCUGCUGCUCUUUAUGAACAAUAUAGACAAGUGAAGAUGGAACUGCACCGUUUGAAAUCCUGUUCCCAGGAAAUGGUGACCUUCACCGAUGUGGCUGUGAUCUUCUCCCCAGCGGAGUGGCUGUGCCUGGAUGCCUCUCAUCGGAAACUCUACAGAGAUGUGAUGCUGGAGAUCUACCAGCACCUGCGGGUCAUAGGACAGUGCACGGUGAAGCCUGCGCUGAUCUCCUGGUUGGAAGAAGGAGCCCUUCACAAGCUGCAGAGAGAUUCCUCUGAUGGUAAGAGAGGUGGAUUCAGUCUGAGACAACUGUCACACCGGAAUGAUCCAAAGGAAGUCUGGAUAGGAAGCAAAUGUCAUCUAGGUCCCGAGAAUGGCAAGUCCUUCACAUUCUCUUUGUCCCACACUGAACACAUGAAAAUUCAUGUAGGAGAGAAGUCUUAUAUGUGUCAGGAGUGUGGAAAGUUCUUCACUCAAUCUUCAAAGCUUAUUAGACACAUGAAAAUUCAUACAGGAAAGAAGCCUUAUUUAUGUCAGGAGUGUGGAAAGGCAUUUGCUCAAUCCUCAAAACUUUUUGAUCACAUGAAAAUUCAUACAGGAGAGAAGCCUUCUUCAUGUCAGGAGUUUGGAAAGGCAUUUGCUCAAUCCUCAAAACUUUCUGAUCACAUAAAAAUUCAUACAGGAGAGAAGCCUUAUUCAUGUCAGGAGUGUGGAAAGGCUUUUGGUGAAUCCUCAAGCCUUAACAGGCACAUGAAAAUUCAUACAGGAGAGAAGCCUUAUUCAUGUCAGGAAUGUGGAAAGGCAUUUGCUCAAUCCUCAAAUCUUAACACACACAUGAAAAUUCAUACAGGAGAGAAGCCUUAUUCAUGUCAGGAGUGUGGAAAGGCAUUUGCUCGAUCCUCAGCCCUUAACACACACAUGAAAAUUCAUACAGGAGAAAAGCCUUAUUCAUGUCAGGAGUGUGGAAAGGCAUUUGCUCAAUCCUCAAAACUUUCUGAUCACAUAAAAAUUCAUACAGGAGAGAAGCCUUAUUCAUGUCAGGAGUGUGGAAAGGCAUUUGGUGAAUCCUCAAGCCUUAACAGGCACAUGAAAAUUCAUACAGGAGAGAAGCCUUAUUCAUGUCAGGAGUGUGGAAAGGCAUUUGCUCAAUCCUCAGCCCUUAACAAACACAUGAAAAUUCAUACAGGAGAGAAGCCUUAUUCAUGUCAGGAGUGUGGAAAGGCAUUUGCUCGAUCCUCAGACCUUAAAAAACACAUGAAAAUUCAUACAGGAGAGAAGCCUUAUUCAUGUCAGGAGUGUGGAAAGGCAUUUGCUCAAUCCUCAAAAAUUUCUAAUCACAUAAAAAUUCAUACAGGAGAGAAGCCUUAUUCAUGUCAGGAGUAUGGAAAUGCAUUUGCUCGAUCCUCAGCCCUUAACACACUCAUGAAAAUUCAUAAAGGAGAGAAGCCUUAUUCAUGUCAGGAGUGUGGAAAGGCAUUUGCUCGAUCCUCAGCCCUUAACACACACAUGAAAAUUCAUACAGGAGAGAAGCCUUAUACAUGUCAGGAGUGUGGAAAGGCAUUUGCUCAAUCCUCAAAAAUUUCUGGUCACAUGAAAAUUCAUACAGGAGAGAAGCCUUAUUCAUGUCAGGAGUGUGGAAAGGCAUUUGCUCAAUCCUAA